CCAGGUUAAGUUGACUUCAUUUUCCUUCUCCCUUCGGUUUGUUAGAAUUGAAUCCACACACUUGACUGUUUAGUAAUGAUUUUCUGAUUCAACAAUUAGUCAGUUCAUUAAUUAUCUUUCUUCUGAUCUCAACCAUGCAUCCAUAUAUGUCUUCCUACAGUGAAGCGAGAUCUAAAUGGAGAAAAGUUAGUAUAGUAACAAGAGCAGUGUUUAACUUCAAAUCUCUCCUUUAUGGUAGAAAUGAAUCAAGGAUCCAUGAUGUGUUCUUAAGUUUCAGAGGAGAGGACACUCGCUCUUCAUUCACUUCACAUCUCUAUGCUUCUCUUCGAAACUCUGGAAUCAAAGUUUUUAGGGAAGACGAUUCUCUUCAAAGAGGAGAUCACAUUUCAACAUCACUCCUACGAGCAAUUGAACAGUCUCGAAUGUCUAUCAUCAUUUUCUCGACAAAUUAUGCGGAAUCACGAUGGUGUCUUGAUGAGUUGGUGAAGAUAAUGGAAUGUAAUAGAACCAUUGGACAAAUUGUUCUGCCAGUGUUCUUAGACGUAGAUCCAUCGGAAGUCCGUCAUCAAACCUCUGAAUUCGGAAAAGCAUUUCAAAUUCUUUUGAAUAGGAGGAUUGAGAAGGAAGAACCUGAGUUGAUAGAAUUCAACUUGGAGAUGAAGUGGAGAACAGCGCUUCGCCAGGCAGCUGGCCUUGCUGGGUUCGUAGUCCUAAACUUAAGGAAUGAAAGUGAUGUUAUAGAGGAUAUUGUUGAAAAUGUUACGCGUAAGCUUGACAAGGCAGACUUGUUUAUUGCUAAUAAUCCAGUGGGAGUUGAAUCUCGAGUGCAGGAUAUGAUUCAACUGCUGGACCAAGAUAUCCAACUAUCAAAUGAUGUUCUCCUUCUAGGGAUGUGGGGUAUGGGAGGAGUUGGUAAAACGACCAUUGCCAAAGCUAUUUACAAUAAAAUUGGCCGCAAUUUUGAAGGUAGAAGCUUCCUUGCAAAUAUUAGGGAAGUUUGGGAUGAGACUGCUGGAAAAUUGAAUUUACAAGAACAACUUCUGUUUGACAUCUGCAAAGUUACAGCGAAAGUACCAAGCAUUGAAAGUGGAAAAACCAUAUUAAAGGAUAGACUCAGCCAGAAAAGAGUACUAAUUUUACUCGAUGACGUUACUACAUUGGACCAACUAAAUGCUUUGUGUGGAAGUCGUAAGUGGUUUGGUUCGGGAAGUAGAAUAAUCAUCACCACAAGGGAUAGACAUAUACUUCGUGGGAAUAGAGUUAAUAAAGUAUUCAAAAUGAAACACAUGGAUGAAAGUGAAUCAAUUAAGCUAUUUAGUUGGCACGCAUUCAAGCAAGCGGGUCCUACAAAAGAUUUUGCUGCAAUUUCCAGAAAGGUCGUUGAGUAUUCUGGGGGAUUGCCACUAGCUUUGGAAGUCCUUGGGUCAUAUUUGUUUGAUAGAGAGGUAACAGAAUGGAAAAGUGUAUUGGACAAACUCAAAAGAAUUCCUAAUAAUCAAGUACAGGAGAAGUUAAGAAUAAGCUAUGAUGCUUUAAAUGAUGAUACUGAGAAAGAAAUAUUCCUUGACAUAGCUUGUUUCUUUAUUGGGAUGGACCGAAAUGAUGUUACACUUAUAUUAAAUGGAUGCGGACUUUUUGCUGAAAUUGGAAUAAGUAUCCUUGUUGAGCGAAGUCUGGUUAUUGUUGAUAAAAAGAACAAACUUGGAAUGCAUGAUUUGUUGCGAGAUAUGGGAAGAGAAAUCGUUCGUGGGAAAUCACCAGAAGAGCUCGAGGAGCGUUGCAGGUUGUGGUUUCAGGAGGAUGCGCUUCAAGUAUUAUCAGAACAAACUGGAACUAAAACUAUUAAGGGGCUGGCUUUGAAGUUGCCAAGAUCUAAUGAAAAAUGUUUUAGUACUAAAGCAUUCAAGAAGAUGAAGAGACUCAGAUUGCUUCAACUUGCUGGGGUAAACCUUGAUGGAGAUUUUGAAUAUCUUUCGAGAAAUCUGAUAUGGCUGUCUUGGAAUGGAUGUUGUUUACCACAUAUACCUGAAAACUUUUAUAGAGAAAAUUUAGUUUCCAUCGAGUUAGAGAAUAGCAAUGUCAAACUUUUAUGGAAAGUGGCCCAGAGGAUGGAAAAGCUGAAAAUUCUAAAUCUUAGCCAUUCUCAUUGUCUGAUGCACACCCCUGACUUUUCAUAUAUGCCUAAUCUUGAAAAGCUAGUACUCAAAGAUUGUCCAAUAUUGUCCGAGGUUUCUCCUACAAUAGGAAAACUCAGUGAAAUUCUUCUAAUAGAUUUGGAAGAUUGUGUUAGCCUUCGUAACCUUCCAAGAAGCAUCUAUAAGUUGAAAUCUCUUAAAACUCUCAUUCUUUCUGGGUGUAUAAUGAUUGACAAGUUAGAAGAGGACAUAGAACAAAUGGAAUCUUUAACCACUCUGCUUGCACAUAAAACUGCAAUAAAAAGAAUACCCUUUUCAGUAGUAAGGUCAAAAAGCAUUGGAUACAUCUCUUUGUGCGGCUAUGAAGGAUUCUCGCGUGAUGUGUUUCCAUCUAUCAUUUUGUCUUGGAUGUCACCAACAAAUAAUCUCCCAUCCCUAUUUCAAACAUCUACUAUCAUGCCAUCUCUUGUUCCUUUAGAUGUACCACAUAGUAGCUCCCAUGAACUAUCAUCAAUUUCCAAGUACCUUCCAAGUCUUCGAAGUCUUUGGGUGGAGUGCAGUUCAGAACAUCAACUUUCUAAUGAUGCAACAAUAAUAUUGGAUGCUUUAUACGCUACUCUUUCUAAGGAUGUGGAAUCGACUUCAGCUACUUCACAAAUAUCAAAUAUGAUAACUUCUGCAUUAACUCAACAUUGCGAUCAAUUGCAUGUUCCCUGUUCAGAACUUUCCAUGAAGUCUGUUCUAAUACAAAUGGGUAUGAAUUGCCAAGUCACCAAUAAUCUGAAAGAAAACAUGUUACAGAAGAUGGAUGGGAAUGGUUUUGGGGAAGAUUCUUCUGUAACUUACAAUUGCGAAGGUUCUUCUGUAACUUUUGAAGUCCCUCAAAUGAAAGGGCGUAUGUUGAAGACAAUAAUGAUAUGCAUUGUCUAUUCUUCAACCCCGGAUAACAUAGCAUCUGAUGGCCUCACAAAUUUGUUGGUAAAAAAUUACACAAAAUCCACCAUUCAGCUCUAUAAGAGAGAGGCGUUAAUCUCCUUUGAAGAUGAGGAGGGGCAGAGAGUAGUAUCAAGUAUUGAACCUGGAAAUAAAGUGGAUUUUGUUGUUGUUUUUGAGAACGGUUUCGUUGUGAAGAGGACAACAGUUUAUCUCAUAUAUGAUGAACCAAUUGCUGAAAAGGGGGAGGAGUGUCAUGCACAAGAUAAGAAUGUUAUUGUUAGUAGCGGUGAUGAAAAUGAAUGCUUUCUAGGCGAGAUCUCUUCUCAUGCACAACAUAAGAACGAAUCAAUUGUUUGUAGUGGUGAAGAAAAUGAAUGCUUUGUCAGAAAAGUCUCUCCUCAAGUGGUUCCUGUGGAUGACUUAACACAACAGAAGAAGAAAAAUCUCCAAAGGAAAUGGAAGACAAUAAAACAAUGCUAGUUGUGGAGUCUACAAUCUGCUUUUGUUCAUUUUUCUUCUGUUAGGCUUUAGAAAUUUCAUAUGUAUUCGUUGGUUCUAUCAUUGUAAAAUCAUCAAUAUAUGAAGAAGUUUUAAACAUUCAUUACGAGUGUACAUAAAAGGUAUGAUAGAAGUUUUCUGAAUGGGAAGUAUAAACUGUAGUGUGUGGAUUGGUUCUUCAAGAGGAACAAAAUACAGAUCACCUAGAUACUUUUUAAUUGAUCAAGAAAAAGAUAAGUAUGCUCAAAUGUAAAAUGUAAUUUGCAGGUGGAAGCCAUCUUUAAGGGCACACUUCAAGUUGAAAGUUCUGUGAUUAUGCCCAAGACACGUCUCUUAUUCUCCUAAGGAUGUUUAAAGUUUAA